GGGGGGGGGAAGCAUUACGCACACCCUGAUCCUCUCCACACAGAAUAAGUGUAGCGCACAGACCGGCGGCAGCCCUCAGAAAGUGGGAAGUUUUCGCCAAAGGAUUCUGUCUAAAAAUUAAUCACCUUCAUGUCGACUCUGUUGGAUACUAACCUGCCGAUGCUAUGGUUACCUUUAUUACGAGCGAAGAACAGUAAAAGAGGACAUCUGUGGCUUCAGGCCAUCGACAGAGAAGAUGAAAAUGGUAAACUGGGGGACCCGGCCAUUCAAUACGUGUACCUCUGUGGCAAACACUUCAUCACAGAUCUUACAGGUGAAUCUAGUGAUGUCCAUCCUGCUGUAUGUGAUGGUCCUUGUGUACCUCUAUGGUAUCCAGGCAACCAACAUGGACAGCAGUCACCAGGGGCAACAGCAGCAGCAGAGUCCCGACCCCUUAAACUCCCUUAUCAUCCAGCUGCUUCAGGCUGACCUGACGAGGGGGAAGACCAGGGGGAACCAGAGCCAACAGGGGAAAAGCAGGGACACUGAGCCUCAGGACACACUGCCUCCUCUCCUCAGUGCAAACUUUCCUUUAGAGUUGCAGGGUGAUGUGGAGCAGUGGGGGACAGGGGGUCGCAGCGGCGGGAGCAUUGAGGGUGUGGUAGACCGGCAGGUGAUGCUGUUGAAUUCAGACCUUCUCAGGCAGCACAAGCGGUACAACUCACCUCGGGUGCUUCUGAGCGACCGGCCACCACUGCAGCCGCCGCCGCUUUACCUUGCGGACGAUUUCGUGAGUGGCGGACAGGAUGGCGGGGCAGUGGGAAACAAGACACGAAAGAAGCGUUACGCUGAGCACAAGAGCUAUCGUGGGGAAUAUUCUGUGUGUGACAGCGAAAGCCAGUGGGUGACGGAUAAAACCCAAGCAGUGGACACCAGAGGGGACCCUGUCACUGUUCUGGCCAAAAUUAAAACCAGUGCCACGCAGGACAUCAAACAGUACUUUUAUGAGACACGCUGUCUGACCCCCAGGCCCUUCAAAGGUGGCUGCAGGGGCAUUGAUGACAAGAACUGGAACUCGCAGUGCAAGACAACGCAGACAUACGUUCGAGCGCUGACGCAGAUUCGCAAUUCCGUGGGCUGGAGGUGGAUACGCAUAGACACAUCCUGUGUCUGCGCGUUGUCAAGGAAACGUCAUAGGACGUAAACAAAACAAUACAAGCCCUGCUGGGGACUACUUAUUUGGAAUUCUACUUCCUGUAUAGGAUUUUAUUUCCUGUUGACAGUGCUCCCCACCACAGGAUUAUGUGUCAUGGCGGUAGAGAGCAACGUCCUGCUAUGAAAUGAUAUUUCCACUGAAGAAAUCUUGGGUCCAUUUAAAUGAUAUUUCAUAUUAUUGUGCUGCAAAUCCACAAGCCAGUGCAGCGCCGCUGUUAUGGAAGAACUUGUUUGAGAGGGGUUGGGGAGGGAGGGAGGGAGUGUCUGAGGGGGAACUGUACAUAUAAAUUAUUUAAAUUAUAUGAAAUGCAUGUAGUUUAUACAUGUUUAUCUAUCUAUAUAUGACGUAUGAAUAUAUUUGUGUUAUUUAUUGAAAGAAGUCUUCUUCAAAAGGAAAAAAAUGUCUAUAACAAAGGAAUGAAACAAGCUAUGAACUCAUUUUGAGACUACAAUACAGAGCUCGGCUGCAAAGGUGCUUCACAGUAAGACUUUACAUGUGCCUUGACCAGUGUGGCUGCAGAGCAGAGAGAUAGGACAUGGUAACUCACAGACAGCAGUUGCCGCAUAUGUUUUGGAGGUGAACCUAAAAGGUUGCACAGACUGGUCCUGUCCCAUGGACCAACAUGGGGCCCAAAUUCUUAGCAUUACCCCUUAAUGAGACGGAUAACUAUAUCAGAAGGUACAAGACAUCCUGUGACCAAAACACAGAUUUGAGAUUUGUGACCAAACAUAUACAUUUACACUGCGUUCACAAUUGACCACACUGUUAUGUUGUAACACACCAUAAGUCCAUUCAUUCCUCUGGGAGACAGUUUUGACAAAAUUAAAAAUAGAAAUUCGUCUUGUGGAAUCUGCUGGCAGUGGCUGACAGAGACUCAAGAAAAUCCAACUGCUUGAUAUUCCUCAGACCACCUUGACCACGUUUUACUCGCAACUGUUAUCAUGAGUUGUUUUUGUUUCUUCCUAUGAAUAAAAACCUAUAUUUCUUAAAGUUGGAAAUGUUUCAUUAACAAAUACCAAAUCUGGAAAAAAACGAAUAUGGUGACAAAGAUUAUAUUACGUAGGUGAUACCAUAUUAUACUGCUGUAACAAAUAAUGCAGUCUUCCUUCAAAAAUAUUUGAACCAGCUGCUGCCAGCUUAGCAUUGGUGGUUACUUACUAUCAAUUCUAAGAUUGAGCACAAAGGGUAAAAGCUGACACAUUUCCUAACGAGGCUAUUAACCAAAUAUUAGUUGUUGUACAGCAGCAGCCAUUGCAGAAGUCCCUCACUCUGCUUCUGUCCUGUUAUAAAAUGGAGUUGGUUUUAUUUACCAGCAUCUUGCUGCUGUUGUGUGUAAAACUUGAAUCUCUAAAAUGACUUUGAGAAGAAGCUUUGUUACUGGCUUUGUGACCAUGAGAUUCUUUUUUUGUUUGAUGGCCUCUGCAUUUUACGCAUUGUUCGUACGAAAUAAAGUAUAUCAAGUAUUAUUGACACAUUUUUCAAAGACACAAAUGGGCUUGUGGCUGAGUGCAACAGACAGGGUAGGGAAGUCAGAAUUUAUGUAGAGACGGACUAUUGCAUGGUUAGUUUUGCUAUCUUCCUGGGAUUUGUUGAUAAUAACAAGCAAAUGGAUUAUCACCAGCCUUAUCCCUUAAAUGUCUGAGGCACAAUGAGUAUUUUCUGCAAUUCCCAAAAAUAUUGCCUAGUGGUGUUUCCCAGUCUUGUGUUCAGGGACUUCCAGGGACUCCACAGUUCAGCCAGUGAGAGAAACAAUGACGGUUGAACGGAGGUCUGAUCAAUAGUCAUUUAUUCUGCUAUCUGAUCAGAUGUUUUACACUUCAGUUAUCUCACCAGUUACAACACAGAAAGAGAACAACAAUAUCAGAUGGAACUAAAUCUUUAUCAAAUGGGGUCAAAGACAUGGAGUUGACAAUGUAAAAGAUGAGAAGUGUGUGUAUGUGUGUCUAUAACAGUGAUGCUUUAAUGUCAGAAAGUCCUGCAGCUCUAACUCUCGGCUGCCUCGCAUCAUUUCAUUCACAUGGCAGAAAGUAUUGUCCUAACUAGAUAGCAAAAAUCAAUUAUCUGCAGGACUAAUGCUGAAUGGGUGCAGGAAGUGUCUAAAGGGACUUCUACAAUGGCUCCCACUGUGUGCAGCGCUUAUGCCGGAUAAAUGCAGGAUGAACUCAAUGUCGAACUUCAGUGAUGGUUAUCACUGUGGCACUUAUCAUCUGAUAUUAGUUACAGUAUUUAGAGUUUGGAAAACCCAGAACGGCAGGUUCAGAGCCUGAACCUAAGGGUAAAAUUCAAGAGCAAACUAGCCAAAGUUAUAAUGUUCUUUAUUGUUUAUCUGCUAAUACCGUAAAAUAAGUCCCAAUCAAGCCUGAAACAUAGAAAAAAAGAACACACCCUGCCUCAGAGAAGGAGGUUUCAGAAACAUCCUAAGCAGCGAAAAAGAAAUUGUAAAAAUAGGGCAAUUAUUCUGACAUUUUGUAAAGCUCAGAAACACAUCUGAUUUCAUGCCAACAACCUGCAGCCUUCAUAAAAAGUAAUAUCUGUAAUGAAAUGGUACAACCAUCUGAGAGCAAAGCAGGAGAUCAACAAAGACCACAACAUAAAUGUAGAGAGACACAUCAGACAGAAUGGCAGAGAAAAAACAGAGAAACUGAAAAAUCGAAUUAAGCAAAUCCCCAAAUGUGCAGUGAGACAGAAAGAGACCAGAGGCAAUAUAAUUGACAAAGAUAUGAAUCAGUCAUUAUCAAAUUCCUCAGAGGUCACUGUAGGGUCCACAGAUAUGAGUGUUUAGAGUAAAGGUAUGCUAUGUAUCAGAUGGUAUGUGAGGAGACAGGAGGACUUGCCAAUCAAAACACCAAGAGGCAUCCAGUUUAAGAGCAAUAAAUAACAGAUGACUGCUAGCAUGACAGCAACACAUGUCCUGGGUUACCAUGAGGUAUGAGUCAUCUUGAAUAUCAGUCAAAGCAAUAAGUAACCCCUAAGAAUCAAGGGUCAGGGGACACGUGUUUUUUUCAAACUCUUAUCUUGCGAGGAUUGGCUUGUCAUGCAUUUGAUCUUUGUUAACUAAUCUUUGGGUUUUAAAGGAGAGAUCCACCUUUAAACACAUUGAAACAAAGAAGAAUUGGUUAUUGGUGAUGUACCUUUUUUGUUAUUUUUUGCAUUGUUCUUCUACUCAUGGACCAUUGGUCAAAUAUGUCACAUCAUGUCCAGAUGUUUCCAAGAGUUGCAGUGAAGAAAAUGUAUCAGUGACCUAAAACGUUGAUGUCAGAUUUUGGUGACAAACAAACAGAAUCAAAAAGUAAGGGCUUCUUGCUAAUGCUGCUAACAUGCAUCAAUGGUUACCAACCACAUGGGGAAACGUGUACAAAACCAGAGAUAAUGAUCAUUUAGACACCCACAGGAGCACAAAAUAGAGCAGGUAACAACGCAGCUACAUGACUUGGUGAGUAAUACAUGACUGAUUAAAACACUCUGGGAAAAUAAGUCAAUAACUGAAACAGAAGUAGUUGAAGCAGGACAAUGGAAUGUUGGUACAAUAAAAAAGGUAAAUUAUAACCCCAAAUUACUCCCAACAACUCCAGAACUUUAUUGGCUUAAUACUACACUAACCAUUAUCACCAUCAUCAUCAUCAUCAUCAUCCCCACAAUGACACUACUACACUAGACUACUCGUCCUAGCCAUCCUCAUCACCCUUCUAACCAAAAACACUACAGCCCUUUAUACAUUUUACAUUUGUCUGAAUGUUUGACAUUGUGCUAACAUUGCCCCUAACCAUUCUGUUGGUCCACCAAAGCUUAAUUCACUGAUAGGCUACUAUCCGUGCUUGGGCAAUUUAGGGGUAAAGGUAAUGGUAAAUAAAUGAGUGACAGAGCAGAUAACAUUAAAUAAUUCAGAAAAUAUAUUGAGAGCUUUGGUCACAAACAUUAUAGUACUUAUCCAUCUACAACAGCAUCUGUAAUUUACAGGACAGUUGCAUCUCUCAGUUUGAUGGUAAAUGUCUGUACCAUAACAUGCAGGUACUGUACAGUCUAUAAGCCCUUAUACAACUUUCAUUAAGUUCUAUAAGUGUCCUGGCCUUUGGUUAUUAUGACAUUGAACUUUGUGAACUCAAGGACAUAUUUUUUGCAGCUGGAUGUGAACCAAACUCAAACACUGGUUUUCCAUAUUUACCAAUUAAAAACAUGCUGGGAGCACUGAA